UCAUUAAUGAUGUGCUGGUGUUCUCGGGAGCGGGACAGGUGUUGAAUGGGUUUCGCUCACUCGUCAUAAGGGCGUGUGUGAGGGCUGGACCAGGUGGGUCUCUCCGUGAGUCAAUCCCCGGAUCAAACACACACACACACACUCAGCAGCCACACCGAGACGCAGCAACAGAUACCUGGAGCUUUACGAAUCGGACCUCGCCUGUCUCUGGAGCGGAGACUAAAGACGAAAUGAUGCCCGAACCUUUAAAAUCGGCCCUGUCUCUGGGGAAUAUGGAGGACACGUCCCUGGCGGUGCCGUCCGACAUCGAGCAUAGAUCCGCGCAGCAGCGGGUGCUGGAGCAGGUGCACACCAUCAAGAAGAGCAAGUCCAAAUACAGGAGCAAGAGCAAGAGUGUGUCCGCACUCGCCACCUCGCCCACUAGUCCAGAAGGGGACAGUGUGUUUUACGACUUCAAGUUCUCUCCUGGCACAUCUCUCAGUGGACCCUCGUUCAACAGAGGAGGAAACAUGACAAAUGGGGCCAUGCAAAGACAAAACAUCUUGCGCAAGUCCACCAACUCCCGCAGCUCCAGUGGACAGCAAGUAAACAGCAACUCCGGCAGAUUCGAUCGCUCCAUCUACGGAUUUCAAGGCUCUGUCUCCACCCAGCAGAAGACCAGUAACCAGCUCUACAACAAAUCCACCCGCAGCGCUCCAGACCUGGGCUUCCAACCCACCACCAACGGCAUGAGCAGCACGGGUCAACGCAGCCAAACCAGCCGGCAGACCUUCCAGAGGUGGGAGAAAGGCAGUCAGAUGCCCUCCUCCAGUUACAGUAACGGCACCACCCUUGUCCGAAUGUCAAACAGCAAUCAGGUUAACGCCGUCAGCAGACGCCCAUCCUCCCUGCAGUCCAAUGGAGAGUCCAGAAUGUCCAUGAUCAGGUCUGGACAGGCCAAAGAUUUUUCUGGGAUGACCCUAGAGAAGCCGGUGUCUGAUAUGACCAUGCGGGAUGCUGUUGAUUGUCUGUCCAGUACAGAUGAAAACGUUCAGCUGUGUGGAGCGUCUUACAUCCAGCACAGUACAUUCAAUGAUGACAAGGCCAAGCAGGAGGUUUUGACUCUGAAAGGUCUGCCGCUGCUGGUUGACCUGCUGGGCAGCUCCAGUCCUCAGGUUCAGGAGACGGUGGCUGCGGCGCUGCGAAACGCCAUCUUCAAAAACCUGCCCAACAAACAGGAGGUGCAGCGAAGUGGAGGAAUCAAACAGGCCGCACAACUGCUGGGCGACGCUAACACUGAGACACAGAAACACCUGACAGGUCUCCUGUGGAACCUUUCAUCUGAAGAUGGUCUGAAGCCGGAUCUGCUCCGUACGGCUCUGCCUGCUCUCACAGAGAAAGUUAUAGAGCCGUUUUCAGCCAAUACAGUCGACAACGCCAACACAAGCCUGGCACCAGAGGUUUUCUGCAAUGCCACGGCUUGCCUACGCAACCUGAGCGGAUCCAAACUGGCGAACCGACAGUCCAUGCGCAACUGCAAAGGCCUGAUCGACUCGCUCAUGCGAUACACAGAGAACUGCAUCACCGCAGGAAUGCCUGAUAACCAGUCGUUGGAGAACUGCGUUUGCAUUUUGCACAACCUGACCUAUCAGCUGGAGACCGAGAUGCCGACUCUCUUCAACAAAAUAAACGCUCUGGCCAGUCAGUCUCACAACCGCUCCAGUUCCUCUGACGCUGGUCCUAUCAUCUGCUUCAGGUUACAGAGCCAGAAACUCAAGCAGAGGGGUUUUGACUAUCCUGUGAUGGAGGAUAACAACCCUGAAGGUGUGGGCUGGCUCUUCCACUCUAAAGCGCUGCAGUUUUACCUCAAUCUGCUGAGUUCCAGUGAACGGGACGCCACACUGGAGGCCUGUUGUGGAACCCUGCAGAACCUCACAGCCAAUGAAGGCAUAGUAUCGAAUUUUUUGAGUCAAACAAUCGUUCAGAAGCUCAACGGCAUGAAGUUCAUCACUCCUCUACUGCAGUCGACCAAUCCUGCUCUACAGAACAGCGCAGUCGCUCUGCUGGGGAAUCUGUCCAAAUCCUCACAAACAAACAAAGUAAUGGCACCUCAGUCUCUGCCGCAGCUGGUGGGUUUCCUGAACUCUGGUCUUUCCAAGAAAGAAUCUUCUCCUGAAUAUGACAGUGCGAUGGCCACCGCUCUGCGCAGCGCAAACACUCUGAUUAAUGCGGAUCCUGAUACUGGCAAGAACCUGCUGAACAACAGCCUGAUCAACAACCUCUACAACAUGAGUCUCAAUAGGGAUCUUCAAAAGUCCAGCAAAGCGUCAGCACUUCUUCUUCACAAUCUGUGGUCGAAUAAGAAUAUCCAAAGCUUUCUUAAAAAGAACGGCAUGAAAAAGAAGUCCUUUGUGAAUGAAGUGACGUCAGCAGCUUUCAAAUCUCAUCUGGUUAUUGACUGAGAAGCACUUUAAAAAAUGCAUCUAAAUUGCAUUGCUUAUUAAUUUUGGUUAAGUCUUGCAGAAGUAAUGGUAAGAAUGAGCUUUUAUUUCUCUCGGGGCGGUAGAUGCUUUAUGUUGAGAAACACAAACACUGCAUACAUUAGUUUCUGUUUCUCAACAAUGUAUUUUCAUUCAGUUGUUAGUGAAUAUGGAAUUGUGUUUAUUAUGUUCUGAAAGGAUUUAGGAUCAUUGUAAAAAUGAUUUGUACGAGUGUUACGGGCUGUUUGUGCAAGUUUAACAUGAUAUAUAUAAUGUUUUAUAUAGCAAGUGAUAUGUUUAUCUGACCAUAUAAAUAUGAUAUCACAUACAGCAUCUCUCAGUCAGUCAGCCAGUAAUUCAUUCUAAGAAGUUUCCAUUGCUCGUUGACGUCUGUACAACUUUACAAACAUUGUGGUUGUUGCGUUAAGGGUGUGUAUCAAUUUGUCAUGUUUCAUUACAGUUACAAGUUUCAAUAAAGGUUUUAACAGCAC